CAAGGGCCGCCGGGAAAACCAUUGAGAGGCCGCCGGGAAAACCAUUGAGAGGCCACCGGGAAACCAUUGAGAAGCCCCGGAGGACCGGCCUGAGCGGUGGCGGGGACUAGAGCGGCCGCCGGCACGACCCGCCUUCAGGCGUACGACGACCGCGGCCCGGGGGCUCUGAGUGGCCAAAGCGGCGGCACUUUCUGCGUGGCCCCGGAAGGACAUAGAGCGGAAGGCGGGAGAAAGAAGUAGCCGGCAGGCGGAGGCAGCCCGAGGGGGCGGUUGCGUGUGUGCCAGACGUUCGUAGCCCACUGAGCUUCCUCACGCCGACUCUCGCAGCGCCUAGCCCACCCGGCGGCCUCUCCUGCGCUUCCGGGGCCGUGGCGAGCUAGUGCGCCUGCGUGCCGGCCCAUCCGCGCGCCUUGCAGCUGUCCUUGCGUCGGCCAGCGGCCAGACAGUUCCUGCAGCGCUUACCGCCUGGCCUCUCGGUUCCGCGGCGCACCGGAGGGCAGCAUGUCGCGGCGGCGGCACAGCGACGAGAACGACGGUGGGCAGCCUCACAAAAGGAGAAAGACCUCUGAUGCAAAUGAAACUGAAGAUCAUUUGGAAUCUUUAAUAUGCAAAGUAGGAGAAAAGAGUGCCUGCUCUUUGGAGAGCAACCUAGAAGGCUUGGCUGGUGUUUUGGAAGCUGAUCUUCCUAACUACAAGAGCAAGAUCUUAAGGCUUCUUUGUACAGUUGCACGCCUAUUACCUGAGAAGCUGACAAUUUAUACAACAUUAGUUGGACUACUGAAUGCCAGGAAUUACAAUUUUGGUGGAGAAUUUGUAGAAGCCAUGAUUCGUCAACUUAAAGAAUCAUUGAAAGCAAACAAUUAUAAUGAAGCCGUGUAUUUGGUCCGUUUUUUAUCUGAUCUUGUGAAUUGUCAUGUGAUUGCCGCCCCAUCAAUGGUUGCUAUGUUUGAAAAUUUUGUAAGCGUAACUCAGGAAGAAGAUGUACCUCAGGUGCGACGAGAUUGGUAUGUGUAUGCAUUUCUGUCAUCUUUGCCCUGGGUUGGAAAGGAGUUGUACGAAAAGAAAGAUGCAGAGAUGGACCGCAUCUUUGCCAACACUGAAAGCUAUCUUAAAAGACGCCAAAAGACUCAUGUACCCAUGUUACAGGUAUGGACUGCUGAUAAACCACAUCCACAAGAAGAGUAUUUAGAUUGCCUGUGGGCCCAGAUUCAGAAAUUGAAAAAGGAUCGCUGGCAGGAACGGCACAUCCUAAGACCUUAUCUUGCCUUUGACAGCAUCCUGUGUGAAGCACUGCAGCACAAUCUGCCUCCUUUUACACCACCUCCUCACACUGAAGAUUCAGUGUACCCAAUGCCAAGGGUCAUCUUCAGAAUGUUUGAUUACACAGAUGAUCCCGAGGGUCCCGUCAUGCCAGGGAGUCAUUCAGUGGAAAGAUUUGUAAUAGAAGAGAAUCUUCACUGCAUCAUUAAGUCCCACUGGAAGGAAAGGAAGACUUGUGCUGCACAGUUAGUGAGCUAUCCAGGGAAGAACAAGAUCCCCUUGAACUACCACAUAGUUGAGGUGAUCUUUGCAGAGCUGUUUCAACUUCCAGCACCCCCUCACAUUGAUGUGAUGUACACAACACUCCUCAUUGAACUGUGCAAACUUCAACCUGGCUCUCUACCCCAAGUUCUUGCACAGGCAACUGAAAUGCUAUACAUGCGUUUGGACACAAUGAACACUACCUGUGUAGACAGGUUUAUUAAUUGGUUUUCUCAUCAUCUAAGUAACUUCCAGUUCCGUUGGAGCUGGGAAGAUUGGUCAGAUUGUCUUAGUCAAGAUCCUGAAAGUCCCAAACCAAAGUUUGUAAGAGAAGUUCUAGAAAAAUGUAUGAGGUUGUCUUACCAUCAGCGUAUAUUAGAUAUUGUUCCUCCUACCUUCUCAGCUCUAUGUCCUGCAAACCCAACCUGCAUUUACAAGUAUGGAGAUGAAAGUAGCAAUUCUCUUCCUGGACAUUCUGUUGCCCUCUGUUUAGCUGUUGCCUUUAAAAGUAAGGCAACCAAUGAUGAAAUCUUCAGCAUUCUGAAAGAUGUACCAAAUCCUAACCAGGAUGAUGACGACGAUGAAGGAUUCAGUUUUAACCCAUUGAAAAUAGAAGUCUUUGUACAGACUCUGCUACACUUGGCAGCCAAAUCAUUCAGCCACUCCUUCAGUGCUCUUGCAAAGUUUCAUGAAGUCUUCAAAACCCUAGCUGAAAGUGAUGAAGGAAAGUUACAUGUGCUAAGAGUUAUGUUUGAGGUCUGGAGGAACCAUCCACAGAUGAUUGCUGUACUAGUGGAUAAGAUGAUUCGUACACAAAUAGUUGAUUGUGCUGCCGUAGCAAAUUGGAUCUUCUCUUCAGAACUAUCUCGUGACUUUACCAGAUUGUUUGUUUGGGAAAUUUUGCACUCUACAAUUCGUAAGAUGAACAAACAUGUCCUGAAGAUCCAGAAAGAGCUGGAAGAAGCUAAAGAGAAACUUGCUAGGCAACACAAACGGCGAAGUGAUGAUGACGACAGAAGCAGUGACAGGAAAGACGGGGUUCUUGAGGAACAAAUAGAACGACUUCAGGAAAAAGUGGAAUCUGCUCAGAGUGAACAAAAGAAUCUUUUCCUCGUUAUAUUUCAGCGGUUUAUCAUGAUCUUGACCGAGCACCUAGUACGAUGCGAAACUGAUGGGACCAGUGUAUUAACACCAUGGUAUAAGAACUGUAUAGAGAGGCUGCAGCAGAUCUUCCUACAGCAUCACCAAAUAAUCCAGCAGUACAUGGUGACCCUGGAGAAUCUUCUCUUCACUGCUGAAUUAGACCCUCAUAUCUUGGCCGUGUUCCAGCAGUUCUGUGCCCUGCAGGCCUAAGGGUCAUUUUUUCCUCAUGUCAAGGUUUUCUUCCACCCCUGAGAUGGCAAGACCAGCCCCUUGUCUUCCUCAGCCUGCUCAACGUGAAGAUGAUGAGGAUGAAGACCUUUAUGAUGAUCCACUUCUACUUAUUAAAUAGUAAAUAUAUUUUUUUCUUAUGAUUUUAUUUUCUUUUCUCUAGCUUCAUAAGAAUAUAGCAUAUGGGCUGGUCGCAGUGGCUCACGCCUGUAAUCCCAGCACUUUGGGAGGCUGAGGCAGGCAGAUCACAAGGACAGGAGAUUGAGACCAUCCUGGCUAACACAGUGAAACCCUGUCUCUACUAAAAACACAAAAACUUAGCCAGGCGUGGUGGUACAUGGCUGUAGUCCCAGCUACUCGGGAGGCUGAGACAGGAGAAUCGCUUGAACCUGGGAGGUGGAGGUUUCAGUGAGCCAAGAUUGUGCCACUGCACUCCAGCCUGGGCGAUGGAGCGAGGCUCUGUCUCAAAAAAGAAGAAAAAAAAUAUAUAGCAUAUAACAUACAAAAUGAGUUAAUCAACUGUUUGUUAUUGGUAAGUCAGCAGUGGGCUAUUGGUGGUUAAGUUUUGGGGGAGUCAAAAGUUAUAUACAAAUUUUUUACUGUGCGGGGUGUCAGCAUCCCUAACCCCAUGUUGUUCAAGGGUCAACUGUAGUUUAAAAUGACUCCUGUCUCAAAAAACCAAAGGAUAGCCUUUAAGGGAUUGGUAACUUUGACUCGAAACUGCUUUGUAAUCUUUUCACAAUGUACUGAAAAGUGUGGCUAGUUAUGUUUGAUCCACAUUCUAGAGAAAUUUGUAGGUUUUAAUUUCUUUUCUCUUGGUCCUCUCUUCAUGUAUAAUGGUUGCUUUUAACAGCUGUUCGCUGAUGCGGUCCUGCUCUGUCCCAGUCUAGCAGCUUUAGUGUAUGGAAAAAUUGAACUAGGAAUUGAGUUUUGAAGAAAUAAAGGUGUAAGAGCAAACAUUCAACAGUUGCUGUCCCCAGUAAUGAAGUUCAUACAGACAAAAGAUGGCAUGUCACUGUACAUCAUACCUUGCAAUAAAUACUCUGUUAAAUUGUG